ACCAUUCAUAUUAAACUAAACUCUACAUAUAAACGGCUCUCUCCACCCUUAUCAUCACCACUUUCUCCCUCAUUCUAUCUUCUUCUUCCUCCCUCACUCCUCCUUAUCCCCUUCAGCCAGCCAUGGCCUGUUCUUCUUCCAUUAUAGGAGUUCCCUCCAUAUACCAAACCAACCCUUCACGAAGACCUAUCCCUACCCCACUUUUAUCCCUUCCUUACUCCAAUGAAAAAUCCCAUUUUAUUAAUGUUCGUCUCAGACAUGCUUCUCUUGUGGCUUCUGCUGUGGUAACUCCAAAUUCUUCAGUUCUUAGUGAAGAAGCGUUCAAGGGAAUUGGGGGUUUUGGGAAAGACUCUCUGAAUGUUAGCAGCGAACCUGAAUACGAUUCUGAGUCUGAGGUGGAGGAUGAUGAUGAGUCAGGAACUGAGGAUGAACUUGCUAUUUCUAAACUGGGUUUACCUCAGAGACUUGCUGACUCUCUUGAGAAACGUGGAAUUACUCAUCUUUUCCCUAUUCAGAGAGCUGUUCUAGUGCCGGCACUGGAAGGCCAGGAUAUAAUUGCUCGUGCAAAGACAGGAACAGGGAAGACACUUGCCUUUGGUAUUCCAGUAUUGAAAAAGCUUAGUGGAGAUGAAGAAAUGAGAAAUACUCUGAGGCGUGGGCGGCUUCCCAAAAUUCUGGUACUUGCACCUACUCGAGAGUUAGCCAAGCAAGUAGAGAAGGAAAUGAAAGAGUCGGCACCAUACUUGAACACUGUCUGCAUAUAUGGAGGUGUUUCUUAUGCUACACAGCAAAAUGCACUGACCCGUGGGGUUGAUGUUGUUGUUGGAACUCCAGGUAGACUUAUUGACCUAAUAAACAAUAACACCUUGAAACUGGGGGAGGUGGAAUAUUUGGUCCUCGACGAGGCUGAUCAAAUGCUCGCAGUUGGAUUUGAGGAAGAUGUGGAAGUUAUUUUGGAAAAACUUCCAUCACAGAGGCAGAGCAUGCUUUUCUCGGCCACCAUGCCUGGCUGGGUAAAGAAACUGGCUAGGAAGUAUUUGAACAAUCCCUUGACAAUUGACUUGGUUGGUGAUCAAGAGGAAAAGCUGGCAGAGGGGAUCAAGCUUUAUGCUCUAUUAACUACAGCAACAUCAAAACGAACCAUACUCAGUGAUCUUGUUACGGUUUAUGCAAAGGGUGGAAAGACAAUUGUUUUCACACAGACAAAGCGAGAUGCUGAUGAGGUCUCAAUGGCAUUAUCAAACAGCAUUUCUUCUGAGGCACUGCAUGGCGACAUUUCUCAACAUCAGAGGGAAAGAACUCUAAAUGGGUUUAGGCAAGGAAAAUUCACAGUGCUAGUUGCGACUGACGUUGCAUCUCGUGGUCUUGAUAUACCGAAUGUUGACUUAGUAAUCCAUUAUGAACUGCCCAAUGAUCCAGAGACUUUUGUUCAUCGCUCUGGUCGAACAGGACGUGCUGGAAAAGAAGGCAAUGCUAUUCUGAUGUACACAGGUAAUCAAAGGCGAACUGUCAGAUCUCUCGAACGUGAUGUUGGGUGCAAAUUUGAGUUCGUUAGUCCUCCAUCUGUUAAAGAGGUUUUGGAGUCAUCAGCUGAGCAUGUGGUGGCUACACUUAAUGGUGUUCAUCCCGAAUCUGUUGAGUAUUUCACUCCAACUGCGCAACAGUUGAUGGAGCAACAAGGAGUAAAUGCCCUUGCUGCUGCACUUGCUCUUUUGGGUGGGUUUUCCAAACCGCCAUCUUCUCGAUCUCUAAUAACUCAUGAGCAGGGGUGGACAACAUUGCAGCUGACACGUGAUUCUGUAAAUUCCAGAGGAUUCCUGUCGGCAAGAUCGGUUACUGGUUUCCUCGCUGAUGUUUAUCCACCCGCUGCUGAUGAAGUUGGCAAAAUUCACGUAAUUGCAGAUGAAAGGGUUCAGGGGGCUGUGUUUGAUCUUCCUGAGGAGAUUGCAGCAGAUCUACUAAAUCAGGAGUUACCACCUGGAAAUACUAUUUCCAAGAUUACUAAGUUACCUGCUUUACAAGAUGAUGGGCCAGCUAGUGAUUUCUAUGGGAAGUUUUCAAGCAAUAGUCGGGGGGCACGAGGAGGUUUAAGGGACCGUAGAGGCAGAAAUUCCCGGGGUUUGUCUAGUGGUCGAUUCUCUGACAAUGAUGAUGAUAAUUGGGGUAAUGACUUUAGGCCGCGAGGUGGCCGAACAAGAAGAGGAGGAAGUGAUUGGCUCAUUGGUGGUGAUAGGCGCACUAGCAGGCCUUCAUCUGGAGGAAGCAGAGACAGAUUUGGUGGUGCAUGUUUCAGUUGUGGACGCAGUGGUCACCGAGCAUCUGAAUGCCCUAACAAAAGGGACUAUUAGUUCUGUAGGUUGCGUCAUCAUCCUGCCUGCCGGGUGACAAUUCCUGUCAUCCCUGAACAUCUUAUGCUGACCUAUUUCCUGACAAAGCCAGCACUGAAGGUGAAAAAGAUGGGAGUAUAAUGCUGAAGCAGCAUAUCAUCAGACCAACUGCAAGAUCCUAGAUUGUUCCCUCCAGCACCAUCUCCUCAAAGCUUCACAUGGCCCUCCUGACGGUUGAAUUUUUUGCCAUAUCGAUUUAUUUUCUAUAUUUCAAACUUAUGUAUUUUUGGUACUCCGUUCCAGUAAUGUUCUCCUAGUCGUUAUAGUUUAUUGAUAUUGUAGGUGAAUGAGGUGUAAGAUAUAAAUCUCCUACAGUCGAAAUUUGUUGCACUGCAGAGUGUUACCAAUUUGUAUCAUGUUAAGAGCUGGCACGUUGAUGCGCUCUGAUAUUGUAAGCAAGAUGCAUUGUAGUAGGACUAGUACUUGUGGUAGUGAACUAAAUAACCUCUAUUUCUGCAUGAGUGAAAAUCAUUUUCAUC